CGCCUGCGCCGUGCGCGGUGACCCUGAGGGCGGCGGGGCAACAUGGCGGCGGCGGCGGCGGUGAAGGUGCGGCAGCUGAGCACGACGGCGGCGAGGCCGAUGUCCAAACUGGUGAAGCCGCCCAUCCAGGUGUACGGGCUGGAAGGGCGCUAUGCCACCGCCCUGUACUCUGCAGCCAGCAAGCAGAAGAAGCUGGAGCAGGUGGAGAAGGAGCUGAGCCGGGUGUGGACCCUGCUGAAGGACCCCAAGCUGUCCAGCGUGGUGAUGAACCCUCACACCAAGAGCACAGUGAAGCAGAAAGCCGUGAGCGACGCCUUGGCGAGGGAGAAGAUGUCCCCCAUCACUGUCAACCUGAUGAACCUGCUGGCCGAGAACGGGCGCCUGCGCCACACCCCGGACAUCGUGGCCGCCUUCGGCAAGAUGAUGAGCGCGGUGCGAGGGGAGGUGCUGUGCACCGUCACCACGGCUCAGCCCUUGGAUGAGGCCAACCUGACUGAACUAAAAAGUGCUCUGAAUGGAUUCCUGGCUAAGGGAGAGGUCUUGAAGCUGGAGACCAAGACUGACCCGUCGAUCCUCGGGGGCAUGAUCGUCAACAUCGGGGAAAAGUACGUGGACAUGUCAACGAGGUCCAAAAUUCAGAAACUCACCAAGAUCAUGAGAGAGACUGUCUAGAGAGCUGUCCUGGUCAUUCCCAAGGAAACCUGGCUGAUGGAGACAAUAAAAUUCUUCCUUCUCGAG